AUGGCUGGAGGGCAGCUUACCGACCAGAUCUGGUACUGGGGAAGCGUUGAUAAAACCGUCGUUUCUGAGAUCAUGCAGGAUCAGCCAGAAGGCACAUUCAUGGUCCGCGAUGCUUCGUCCCCGGGCGACUUUACUCUUACUGUCAGCUCCGACGCCACUACCCGGCUGUGCUAUGUUUCUUAUGUUUUGUCAUGCCUUGCAGAAAUGGCUGGAGGGCAGCUUACCGACCAGAUCUGGUACUGGGGAAGCGUUGAUAAAACCGUCGUUUCUGAG